AUGUUUAGAACGAGAUUUAUAGGCUUUGGUGCCUCGGCAACAGGAAGGUUGGCAAUUCGUCGUUCAUUUGCAUCCUCUCCUCGCCUUGGUAGUGCCGCUCUGCAGAAAUCUACUGGGGGUAUUUUCAAGAAAACUCUCAAAACCAUUGGGUACGGUUCUCUUGCAUUCACCUUGGCUUCAAUUGGUUAUGUGAGCUUUAAAGUUUGGAGGGAAUCCUAUCCAGAGGAACAACAAAAGCAAGCACCCACCUUUCCAGAUGGAAGGAAGAAGAAAACCCUUGUGAUCUUGGGAUCCGGUUGGGGGUCCAUCUCACUUUUGAAGAAGUUAGACACCACGUUGUACAACGUAGUCAUUGUCUCGCCACGGAAUUACUUUCUUUUCUCACCGUUGCUUCCCUCGUGUCCUACUGGCACAGUUGAAGUUAGGUCGAUUAUUGAGCCUGUUCGUGCUAUCACUAGAAGAUGUCCAGGAGAGGUGAUCUAUUUGGAAGCAGAGGCCACUGAUAUUGAUCCCGUGAAUAACCGUCUUACUAUCAAACAGCUGACAACGGUUCAUUCAGGUCACUCCGGCAAGGACUCAGGUUCUGCUAAGCCCACACUUUCUGAGGACAUUAUCACGUCUUUGGACUAUGACUAUCUUGUUGUAGGUGUGGGUGCUCAGCCUUCGACUUUUGGAUUGCCAGGUGUGGCUGAGCAUUCUACUUUCUUGAAAGAGGUCAGUGAUUCGAUGAAAAUCAGAAGAAGAUUGAUGGAUGUUAUUGAGGCCGCGAACAUCUUGCCUAAGGAUGAUCCCGAAAGAAAGAGAUUGUGUCAUAUCGUUGUCUGUGGAGGUGGCCCUACUGGUGUUGAGGUUGCCGGCGAAUUGCAGGAUUACAUUGAUCAGGACUUGAAAGCUUGGAUGCCCGAGAUAGCAUCAGAACUCAAGAUUACUCUUGUUGAAGCUAUGCCCAAUGUUUUGAGCAUGUUUAACAAAAAGUUGGUGGAUUAUACUCGCCAAGUAAUGAUGGAUACCAAUAUUAACUUGUUGUGCAGUCACGUUGUCAAAAAGGUUAAUGACAAGACUGUUUAUGCUGUCAAUAAAGCGGAUCCGGAUAAGAUCACGGAGCUUCCAUAUGGUAUGUUGAUCUGGGCAACGGGCAACGCAAAACGCCCAAUUAUCGGAAAUCUCUCUUCUAAAAUUGAAGAGCAGAAGAAUGCUAAGAAAGGCCUUUUGGUGGACGACAGAUUGCUUGUCGACGGAACUGAUAACAUAUGGGCAUUGGGUGAUUGUACUUUCACCAAAUAUGCUCCAACUGCUCAAGUUGCUUUUCAACAAGGAAUCUUUUUGGCAGAACAUUUCCACAGGUUGCAUGAUGUGGAAGAUUUGAAGUAUAAGAUCUCGAACUCUUCACCUGAUGAACGAGUUGAUAGGCUCAAGAAGAAGCUUGUGAGAAGCCAGAGCAAUCUUCCUCCCUUUGAGUACAAUCAUCAAGGAUCCUUGGCAUACAUUGGUUCCGAGAGAGCUGUGGCAGACUUGGUUUGGGGUGAUUGGUCCAAUGUUAGUUCGGGUGGUACCUUCACCUUCUUGUUAUGGAGAUCAGCUUACAUUUACAUGUGUCUCUCUGUCAAAAAUCAAAUCUUAGUUUGCUUCGACUGGAUCAAAGUUGGAUGGUUUGGCCGUGAUAUUUCCAAGGAAUAA